AAGUCUAAAAUAAAUUACAAUAAAAUUCUAACAAAAUUUAAUUUUCUAUUCGUGAUUUAUAUCUUUGAGUUAAACCAACGCGUCAGAUUCUUCGCUUUUUUAAAUCUCCUCCUUGGCUUGGUAGAUUGGCUCCGUCAUAAGAAUAGAACACCGCUACCAAUCACGCUCUUAAUCUUGAUAAUCGCGCCAUUAUUAAAUAAGCUAACAUCUAAAUACGCUCUGUAUUGUCAUUUGUUAGCUUUGGUUUCUCAAUCUGGUAAAAACAUCCUAUCAACGACCUCCACAUUGCAUUACAAGCAUACAGACAACUUGUUCACUUUCACGCAGUUAUCAACCAAAUACUUCUGUUACAAGUUACUCAAUUAUUUUGAGAGUAGUAGCGCAAGUGAUUCAUUUGCAUUUACUUUCUUAUCAAUCUUAUCAGCUUUGGUAGUGGUCAGGAGUUACGUACCUCAGUAUACCGCUCACUUCUUGUUCAUUAACUUCUUCUUUUACUUCGUCGUUGAUCAUAUCCACGAUUUUUGCCAACAGUAUAAAGUACGCUUGACGGGUUCCUGGGAUAUGAAGUCACCAAAAUUGCGAUCUGAUCAUGUUAGUUGAUGGACGGGUUUUGAGCGGUGAUUAGUUAUUUUAUAAUAAUUAUUUUUCGAUAGUGUCACUUCGGAUUACAGUGAAAAUGACUAGUGAAAGCGUUGUUCGACACUCGAAAUGCACCAUCUGGAAACAAUCACUUUAAGAAAUAUGGUUAAGCCAGCUAAACGCAGACGUAUGUCAUAUAGCAUCGACCAAAGUAUACCGAAAUUACAUGUAUGUUUGUCUUUUCGGAUAAUGCGCUGAUUUUGAUGAAUAAUAUAUCUAUUUGAACUCUCACUUCAUCUUAUUUGCCUUCUGUAGUUUCGAACAAUCUAACAUAUUAUGACCUAUGAGAAUUCUAGUCAACGUCAUUCAAAGUGUUCUGCUACUACUCCGAAGAUCUAAAGCACGGGUAAUCAUCACCGGAGUCGGUGAAGAUCUCCUCAUGCACCAAUACUAUAAAUCCAAAUAAUCAUUUAAACUCCACUGACGGCAAUAUGAUCGUAGAACCCAAAAGUGCUAAAGUGCAUUCUGGCAUCAAUAUCGCGUAUGCGACUCGAGGCAACCCAGCUCAGCGCGCCAUUCUGCUCAUUCACGGCUAUCCCCAGACCAGGCACUCGAUGACGAAACUUCAGAAUUUGCUAUCAGAUGCUGGGUAUUUUACAGUUGCUGUUGAUUAUCGUGGUGCUGGUGGCAGCUCAAUCACCACUGAUGGCUAUGAGAAGAUGACGAUGAGCGCCGAUUUACAUAGUUUGAUGAUGGAUGUCUUUGGAUGCCGUAAAUAUACAGUGCUCGGUCAAGAUAUAGGUGCGAUGAUAGCUGUUGCACAAGCUAUGCAGUUUAGAGAUAGCGUAGGGGCGUUGGUCUUCAUGGAAUGUCCUCUCCCUGGUACGAGUCAGUAUGACUUGUGCGUCAAAGAUCGUAACAUCGCAUCUGACGACAUCUUCCACUUCUUCUUCCACCAGCCUAGAGAUCUACCUGAGUUGCUCACGCAGGGCAAGGAAAGUCAGUAUCUUCAACACUUUUAUGACCGCCUAUCCUUCAAACCUGGGUGCAUGUCGAAAGACGAUGUGGAUGAGUACGUCAGAGCGUUCUCAAGAGUUGGACGCAUGAGAGCUGGUUUCGAGCUUUACAGAGCAUUUAGAAGAGAUGAGCAAGAUGUGAAGGCUAACCUCGCAGAAUUUGGUAAGCUGUCGAUCCCUGUUUUGGCGACUGGCGGUGAACAUAGUCUUUUCACAACUUUGAUUGAGGGUAUGGCAGCAGAGGUGGCUUAUCAGUAUGAUUUUGGGAGAGUCAGAGACUCCGCCCAUUGGGUCUCGGAAGAGAAUGCGAAUGCACUUAGCGUCUACGAGAAUGUGUUGUGGUUAGAAGGCUAUUUCCAUUACCCUAAAAGGAAUAACGGAUUUUUAGUCCAUCCACUUAAAUGUCUAGAGUUUAUGACCAUCGUCCACCCUAGAGUGAGUAAGUUGCUUCGAUCAACAAGCUUCGGUGGUCUAGAUGGUUAUGAUUUCGGUCUCAUAAGUUAUGAGUCCCUUCUAGGGAUGCAAUCCGAAGGCCCGUGGUUCGAGUCCGCGCCGAAGCAUUAA